UCUGGCUUCCCCAGAUUACACAAGCCUUACGUUAACUAAUCCGUGACCUUUCCAGAUCGUAUAGCAUUAAGGUUUAUAGAUCUUACCAGAGGUGGCAAAGUCCAAAAACUUGCAACUCUACUCCAAUGACUGGCGAGUCGUGACUUCACCUGGAUAUUGAGACUUGAUAAUCUCCCGCAAGCCCAAAGAUUAAAAGACUCGAAAUUCAAAGUUUGGGACUUGACUCAGGGAAGUCAUGGAGGAGCAGACGGCAUCUCCUGCAGCCAAUGCCGACAACAACGGCCAGAGAAAUGGAGAUGAGAAACCCAGACGUGGCAGCUGGACCAAGGGGAGGAAGAGGAAGAAGCCGAUGAAGGACAGCAAUGCACCCAAGGCCCCCCUGACGGGCUACGUUCGCUUCAUGAACGACAGACGGGAGCAGCUACGAGCGGAGCGUCCAGACGUGCCCUUUCCAGAGAUUACAAGGAUGCUGGGCAACGAGUGGAGCAAGCUGCCCCCCGAGGAGAAGCAGCGAUACUUGGACGAGGCAGAGCGAGACAAGGAGCGCUACAUGCGUGAGCUGGAGAAGUACCAGAAGACAGAGGCCUACAAACAUUUCACCAGGAAGGUCCAGGAGAAGCAGAAGGGCAAGCGCCACAGGGGAGAUGUUGGGCACCAGGUAGCCAGUGAAGCUCUUCACGAGAAGGAUGCAGAAGGGAAGGACAGAACUGUGUUCGAUAUACCGAUCUUCACAGAGGAGUUUCUCAACCACAGCAAAGCACGUGAAGCGGAGAUGCGGCAGCUGCGUAAGACCAACAUGGAGUACGAGGAGCGCAACGCAGCGCUGCAGAAACAUGUGGAGAGCAUGCGCGGGGCAGUGGAGCGUCUGGAAGGUGACGUGAUGCAAGAGAGGGGACGCAACGGGCUCCUCCACCAACACCUGGAGACCCUGCGGCAGGCGCUCACCUCCAGCUUCUCCUCCGUACCUCUGCCAGCCAGUGGAGAAACGCCCACUCUGGACAGCAUUGAUUCCUACAUGAAGAAGCUCCACAGCGUCAUCGUCAGUAGCCCCCAAGAACAUGAGAAUCUCAUCAACACCGUGAGAGACGUGGUCAACCGUUUGGACAGAUAAUUGGACCUAAAGGAUUGAGGUUCACAGCAGAGGCUGCUCCUUGACGGUGGAUCUUCCUGUCCAUCUGUCCUCCCAAUUUAUUUUUAAAGCAUCUUUUGUUACUCUGCUAAGUUGAUGUAAGUGAAGGUGAUGUAGCGUCUCAUAUUUAUUUAUUAUUGUUUUACAUUUUUUUUAAACUCUGUUUACCCUUUAAUAUAGAUGUAGUUUGUUUUGUAAAAUAAUCAAAUGGUAGGACAUGAGAGUGUUUUAUGUCACUCAUUGCUCCUGUUCUGUCUUUAUGUCCAUUUAUAGCAAAUGCUUUCACAACGAUAUCUAAAGCAUUAGCAAACAUGUUCUGAUCAAAGGAAAAAUCAGUGGGUUUGUAUUUACUAUAUCCGAAUAAAUACUUUCCUUUUUAUACUCUGUUGAAGACAAACAUGUGCCAUUUAUUUUUUCCCUGUGUGAAAAAGUGUUUGUGUUUUCAAUAAACGUAUUUACAUCA